UCUAAUCAUGGACAUGAUUUUCUAGCUAGGACAUUUAAAUAUAAUUUGACUCCGUCGCCAUUAGAAUUGCAACUCUCACGGUAGAAGAGAGACGCAGCACGGCACAUAGAAGCUUCCUACAAAAAUAGUAUUCGAGAGGCAGUGAAACUUCUGAUAGAGGCAGUGUCGUUUGUUCAAAAUUUUAUUAGCUGCCUGCACAUUUAACCGGUAUUAUCGAACCGAACCGAGUGCCUAGAAAAAAAAAUGCAGAUUGCAUGUGUGUUCUUGUUAUUUAUUUCUUUGAUUGAUUCAAAGAUGUGUGUGAUGUUUUGCUUCUAGAGAAACCGAAACUCAGGUUACAGAAACAGAACCUCUGAAGCCUCUGAUCAGAGGUUGGCACUUGGCAGAGACUUGAUGAAUCUUUAUAGAGUAGGACGCACUCUUUUAUUAUUUACUAUUAACGCCUAUAGUUUCAAGAUUUUAUUUUCUGACCCAAAUAAUUUAGAGAAAUUUCUUAAGAUACUUUUUUUUGAGUUUUUGAGUAAAAAUGUAUUUUUAUCCUAUGGUUAACUAAUCUAAAUUUAUGGUUUAUAUUUAAUAGGUGAAGUUUUCGGGAUAUGGUUUCAAAUUUUCAAAAAUGAAAAAUAAAUAUUUCAAAAUAAAAUAAAAUUUAUUUUGGUCAUUUUCUUUUUGAAAUCUAUUUUUAUGACAAAAACUUUAAAAAAAAAUACUAUUUGAGAGAAUUGUCCAAUAAUUUAUCACUAGUUGAAUAAAUACACCAAUAUGCUAUUUAUAUAACUGAUUUCCUCCUUUAAAUAUUGACAAAGUAACAUUUAUGAACCUUAAAAAACCCAAAAUUAGAUCUUUUAAGGGGGGACAUUGUAUAAAUAGGUAAUUGUAGGCACAAAACAGUAUUUUAAGAGACUCUGGGGAUUAAAAUGUAAAAUAAUAACCCACUAUAUAAGCCCUAAUAGCCCGCCCGUAUUGAUCAAAAGGGGAUUUAAUCCACUUCUCCAAUCCAUAGAGCAAAGCUUCGCCGUGCCGUUCGUCGUCACCACCGACCUCCGUUCUCCGAGAGGUUGAAAUGAGGGUAAGGAGCUACACCCCAUCACCAUCACCAUCACCACCACCUAGAGGUCAUGGAAGGAGAGGUCGAAGCCCAAGCCCAACCCCUAGAGGAGGACCAUAUAGGGACCUCUCUGCCACUCUUUUUGUUCGCAAUCUAAGCCAUGAUUGCAGGCAAAAAGAUCUGAGGAGGUCAUUUGGACAGUUCGGUCCUCUCAAGGACAUUAACUUGCCAAGAGAUUACUACAGCGGGUGAGCAUGUUUCAACAUCUAAUUAGAUACUCCCCCUCUUUCUUGAAUCUGUUUACUAUGUUUAGUUCCAUUUCCAUUUCCAUUCUUUCAUUUGAAGUCUUAAACCACUAGUUUUCUUCUGUGUCAAUAGGAGAAAGUGCGUGGAUUUUUCAUAUGUUUAUUGAAGUUGUUGAGGUUUAACAGUGAAUCUAAAGAAGUGAAGGCAUCAAAAGAUGUAAUUAGAGUUCUUAUGGCGAUGUUGUAUACUUCUAUAUGGUAGUCAAGAGUUCAACUUUGAAGUUGGGUUUGUUAUUCAAAUUUGAAGAUGAAUACAAGUCUUCAACAAGUCAAAUCUUUAUACUGAAACUUGCGAGCUUUAGCAGGCAAGUGCUUGCUUAUUUCAUGUUGAUAUCGUCUGUUGCAGGGGAUCAUCAUAUUGCUAAAUAGUUCCUCAACAGAGGCUUGUGUUGUAAAGUGGUACACCCUUUGUAUUUUUGGUUCCUAGUCUGAGAUACUGCUUUGUUUGUUCAAUAUGUCAAAUUAAUGCAGAUAUCCCCGAGGGUUUGGCUUCGUUGAAUUUGAAGAUCGUGAUGAUGCUGCCGAGGCAAAAUAUCAGAUGGAUGGUAAUCUUCUUCUUGGCCGUGAGUUGUCUGUUGUGUUUGCAGAAGAUAAGAGGAAGAAACCGACUGAAAUGAGAGCAGGGCAGCGUGGUGAUGGAAGGAGCAUUAGAUCUCGUUACUACUCUCGCUCGCCUAGGUCUUCUCGUUCUCCUCCUCCCCCUCGACGUAGUGGUGAUCAUUAUUCUCCUCCCUCUACAAGACAUCAUCACUCAAGGAAAGAAGGAUAUGAUAGGAGGAGGAGGAGGAGGAGGUCCUACUCACGCUCACCCACCAGCAAUGGCUCAAGGGGUCGCAGUGCCACAAGUAAGAGCUGCAGCUUAAGCCGUAGCCCGCCCAGAAGAAGCAUUAGCCGUAGCCCGAGCAGAAACAGGAGUCCGAGCACUGGGAGAAGAAGAAGGAGCAACACACCUCUACCAGCGAGUAGAAACAGGAGUCCAAGACCUAGGAGACGAAGACGCAACACACCUCUACCAGCGAGAAGAAACAGGAGUCCGAGCCAUAGGAGAAGAAGGAGCAACACACCUGUACCAGCGAGAAGUCGCGCAGCCCACGUGGGGAGCAGUAGGUCGAAGAGAGUUCAGGAAGCCAGUGAUUGAUUCUUCACUCUCUUAAUAGUCUUGUCUAGUUUCUUAAUGGUCGUCUCUCUUUUAUAAAAACCUUUAACCUUCUUAUAAAUAAGUAGGAAGACAUGGUGUAGAUCUCAACUAUAGAUGUAUGUAGUCCAGCAGGUUCCUAGUGGGGACUAUGAAAUAUGUAAAAAUAUAUAUAUAUAAAUAGCAUUUAUCUACUAUUGGUUCUGAUUCGUUCAUAUGAGUAUGUGAUGAAGUGCAGAUGGUUGAUGAUAUAUAGAAAAUGUAACUUUGCAUGUGUGUGUGUUCCAACAGAGUUUGCAUCCUACUUUCGUUUACUGCUACUCACUUGUUUGAUGAUAAGCCAGACUAUGCUUAUUUGAAGAAGACUCUCACCACAACCUUUUCAUUCGUGAAGGCCAUUCAAACAAUGUUAUUGUAACAUCCCGAGUUGUGAUAUGUGAAAAGGCUUAAGAGAAUUGAUUUGGCUACCUAUGUCACCAAAGUUGACUUACCUUUUCCGGAACACAUCCUGAAAGAACUCCAGAGUUAAGCGUGCUUGAGCUGGAGUAGUGGAAGGAUGGGUGACCUAUCGGGAAGUGAUUCGCGAUAGCGUGCGAGUGAGGCCAAAGCAUGGGGAAAGGUCGGGUGGUGAUUGCAGGGUCAGUAAACAAUGAUUUCGAGCCUUUGGAAAACUAACGGACCGACCGUCAGACGGGAUGGGGCCCACGGGCCGAGAGAGCGGGCGUGGGUGGCCCAUUAGCCGUGGGCGGGUCGGGGCGUUACAGUUAUAUUAUAUUCCUCUGUUCUCUCGCUCUCUCUGUCCUGGUAUAUAUUUAUUUAUCAUUCUCUUCCUUAAAGAAAAUAUGCAGUUACAUAGUGGUGUAUAAUUUACUCAGGGCUCGUUUGUAUAGUAUAUUUUACCACGAAGCAGAAGACCAAGAACGUAAACGAAUCUGCAGUUUCAAAAGACAAGCUUGUAAGUUUUGUUAAGGCUCUCCAGCAGAGAAGCCGGAAACUCGUCGUUUCGGAUUACAAACGUCCCACCCAACUUCUCCCAUCCUCUGCAACACACAAAACGGUAAUUCAAAUCCAAGAAUGACGCCACAGUAAUGUUCUCUGACAAAAACAUACACAAACCACAAUAUCAAAUUCCUCCAGGAAACACUUUAACUCUAAAAACAGAUUCAAGAGAGUGUCUUUGUGGGGUGUUCUCUAUGAAGACAUUCAAGAACGUAUCCGCAAACUAGAGGACAUAAAUUUAUGGGAAAAGAGGAUGAAACGCCAAUUCAAUGUGCUAAAAGAGACACACUUUGGAGGGAGGAUCAAACCAAACCUGAAAAGCACAAAUCUAGAAGGCUCCUCCUGGCUCAAAAGGAAAUCGAUUCGUUCUGAAACUCUACCCUCAGUAUGAACUAUUCCUCCAUUUAAAAGUAUCUCCAACGGCUUGCCUUUUGAGACACGAAACUGUCUUAUGCAAUACUCUUUUAUUAUUUUACUAUUAACCUUGUAAAUUUCAUGA